AUGAGGUUGACAGCCAUACUGCUGUCCCUUAUGCCAUUCAUAGUGACAAUGCGAUUAGAUCCUGAACGAAUAGCUGCUCGAUUACGAAUUGAACAAGAAAUUGAAAACGAUAAACUGGAACGAUCAUUACGUGGACGACGACAGUUACAACCAAAGGAAAUUAGCAUUCAGGUGACGGCUCCUCUUUUCUCUUCGAGACUCUUCGAAUAUGGAGCUAAUGCUGGCGAUUCUGAAUUGCCAAUAGGAUUGGAUAUAGGCAAGAAGUUAGAUCUUCAGAAGGCUUUGAAGUUUUAUGGAAAUGAUUAUCAAACUAUAUAUGUUCUUUCAAAUGGAGCCAUUGGUUUUGAUGUUUCAACUCGAACAUACAAACAGGAUGUGUUUCCAAAAGGAGCUCGUAUGAUUGCUCCAUUCUGGAAUAGGAAUGACUUGCGUACAGGCGGACAUGUCUAUUAUCGCGAAGUUACAAAGGGAAGAGCACUUGAACGCGGACAAAGCGAAAUUCGCUAUCAGUAUGACAAGAUUGUCAAGGUUCUGUCUGCUGUCAUUGUCACGUGGGAGAAGAUGCAGCCAUUGAAUGCUGAUGCUUUACCUGAAGAAAACACAAACACCUUCCAAGCUGCCUUCUUCGUAACUGAGAAUUCUACCUACGCUAACUUCAUCUAUAGUAACAUUGGAUGGACUCAGGGAGCUGAAGCUGGUUUCAAUGAAGGAAAUAGUGGGCACCACUUCGCUUUACCCACAUCAGGAACUGGGAACAUUAUGUAUUUGGAAGAGUACGGGAAUACAGGUAUUCCUGGAGAGUGGAUGUUCGAAAUGAGCGACAAGACUAUCCACAGAUGCAAGCUCGGUAUCAAAGGAAAGACAUGUGAUGAAGAAUGUGCUGCUGGCGAGUGGGGAGCUGAUUGCGCUCAGUGUUGUCAUUGUAGUCAAGGUAAUUGUCAUCCAGUGACAGGAGAAUGCGCCCGAGGUUGCCAUCAAUGCUGGACUGGAAAGAACUGUCAAACAAAAUCGAAAGAAUGUGAUAGACGCAGCUCAAAUAUUCAAUGCGCACCUAAUGCUAUCAUGUUUACCGACUACGAUAGAUGUGGCGAGCCUGUUCAAAGAUGUGGAUGUUUAGAGGGAUUCUCUGGGGAUGGACAUAAAUCGUGUAAAGAUAUUGAUGAAUGCCAGAAAGCAAACAUUUGCCAUGCAGAUGCCAUAUGUACCAACACACCUGGAAGAUAUUUUUGUCAAUGUAAAAAGGGUUAUUCAGGUGAUGGAAAAAUUGAAUGUAAGAAGGAAUUUUUAUAUUCAAAUCAUGGCCAUCAAUCUCUUCCAACAAGCAAAAAUGCCAAAGUUAGUUGGCAACUCAAGAAUCCGCUCAAGCUAUUAGGAGAUGUUAAAGAUAAACUAACGAUAUCUACAUCCGGCGUUAUUUCAUUGUCAGAUCUCGGACCUUUGACAUCAAAACAUUUAUCCUCUUUGAAUAUGAGUGUUUUGGCCCCUUUCUAUGCCCCAAUUGAUAUAUCCAAAGGAGGAAGUAUAACUGUAUCUGAAGUCACGGACUCGCAUGUUCUUAGUCGUACGUCACGUUCUGUCAUUGACAACUUCAAGGACAAUUCAUUUGUUGCUCGUAGCGCAUUAGUAAUUACCUAUGAAAACAUUACUGGGGGAAAUCAGCUUUUGGGAAACACUUUCCAAACCGUUCUUAUUGGUGGUAGCAAUGAUAAGAAGAGUCAAGUAACAUAUGUACAGUUCCUCUAUGAGAAUAUGAUGUGGUCUGACUCUGCAGAGGCUGGUAUAAUAACAAAUGAUGCUUCCACUUCUCUGUCUCUACCUGGCUCAGGCACAGAAGGACUCCAACAACUUUCUCAAUUGUCAAAUGUGAACCAACCCGGAGUUUGGAUCUAUGAAAUCGAUGAACCCUUCAUACAACCAUGUCCGUCUGAAAAAAUGCUACCACCUUAUUGUGACCGUGAGAAAGAUUCCAGUGUUGAAUCUGUCAGGACUAUCCAAAAAAGUGAAGUGCAAAAGAAUUUGAAUGCCAAAUCCGAGAAUCUCGUAAUCCCACCUAUCCCGAUCGGAGCUCCAAGAUUCAUCACUCCAACAUUCGAAAAUAGUCCUAGAAAAAUUGUCCCAUCAUUAGUGCAAGCAUCUGAGUCUCUGAAAGAAUCAGGCACCACACAUAGACCCCGACCCCAAUUCAUCAGUACCUCUCACCGACCUCUAGUUUCUAUAGCGCAAGAAGAUUUCAACAUAGACGAAGACGUUUUCCAAACAGAACCCGCUAGAACCACUUUCCCUCCAGUGAUGACUAUUGUUCCUGAGAUCUUCAAUGGAAAUAAAAAGAAACUUCCUGAUUUCAACUUUUCACAAACAUCUGUACAGUCUACCUCUACAGCACCUCCAACUCAAGAGCCUACAUUCCCUACAUUCUCUCUGAAUGAUGAAACAGAAACUGCCAAUACGUUGUUCACAGAAAAAGUGGCUACAGCUGCAUCUGCUGAAAAACCACGCAUGUUCUCUGUGAAGGAGAUUGAGCUAGAUUCUGAAGAAGUGACCAGUCCAGAAGGAACUUCUGAGAGCAAUCCGAUCAUAACUAACUCAAUCCCUGUCGAAAUGACCAAAACAUCUUUAACUAAUCCGCACACUGUUGAUGUUCUUGCAAAAACAACAGGAGCAGAAGCAACCAAACCCAUUUCACACCCACCUAUAUUCAUCUUCACUUCCUCAACAACACGUAAACCAGCUACCACAAUAGCUACACCAAGGAACAAGCCUGUUAUCGUAACAGGAAGACCAACAGCAAAUGAUCAAGCUCAUUCUGUUGCUGACAACAGUAAAUUGGCAAUCAUCAUCCCAACUGGAAUUGUUGCUGUUUGGGUCAUUUUAUUAAUUAUAAUUGCCCUAGUAGUUUGUUGCCGGAGGAGAAGCUCUUCAGCUCACCUCAGAGCCAUGUAUGGACCUACUUAUGGGGUUCGACCAACGGCUUAUGCUAUUAAGAGAGGGUCAAAGCACUUGGAAGGAAGCUACGAUGAGAAUGUCGAUAAGUCCGCGAGAUUGAGUGGAGAAAUGAAUGGUUAUAAUCAGUCGGGACGGAUUUCUCUUUAUGGUUCUUAUUGGAAUUUACAACAAAACCUCUCAGCAGCUUCUUCUUCAAGUAGCAAUGGACCAUCUAAUCGUCCUAGUCCACCAUUUAACAGUCAUAGUCAUUAUAUUAACCAUAAUAAUAUUAGUAAUAGUAAUAACUAUAACAAUAACCCAACGAGAUUCUCAUAUGGCGCCGCACGAUAUUAG